UCUGGUUCUGACGACCGGAAGGGAAGGGACAGAAUUCAGCAGAGACUCUAGGACCCCCGAAAGCCGCGCCCUAAAAGGCGUUCCCAGCAUGCCCUACGCCGCUCCGGUCAAGCGCAGUACUCCACCUCCCAGAGGCCCUUGCGCGGAGCCGCUCCGCAGCCGCGCCUUUGUGAGCUCUACCGGCUCCGCGAGAUCGAGCCCCGGCCCCGGCCAGACCUGUCUAGGCGCCGAGCGAGAGGUGACAAGGACUGAGGAGACUCUCGUUUGCUUUCUCAGGACAUCUCCCUGCUCCCAGGAACACAGUCAUAUAUUCUUGAAGCUUUAACGCCAUGUCCAAGGAUUUGCUGACAUUUGAGGAUGUGUCUGUAAAUUUCACUCAAGAGGAAUGGCAGUGGCUGAGUAACACACAGAGAGACUUGUACAGGAAGGUGACAUUGGAGAACUAUAGGAGCCUGGUGUCGCUGGCAGGAAUUCCUGUUUACAAACCAGCCGUGGUCUCAUUACUGGAACAAGGAAAAGACCCCUGGAUGGUGCAGAAGAAGGGAACAAGAGACACAUGUCCUGAUUGGAAGUAUAUAUUCAAAGGCACUGAAUUUAUAUCAAAGCAAGAUAUUUAUAAAGAAUCUGCCAAAGUCCUAACAAUGGGAAGAAGCCAUUUUAAUUCCAGCCUUGACUGUCCCGAUUUGAAAGAAGACCAUGAAAAUGAAGACUGGUUUAAAGACAGGUCGGGACGUCAGGAGGUGCAUUCCCAUCAGUUGUUCAUCACUCAUAAAGAAGUCCCUGAAGGUGAAAUUAGUGGGUGUAAUCCACCUUGUCAAGCCUUCCGUCAGAAUGCAACACUAGACAUGCCACAAAGUUCCUCUACCAAAGAAAGAAUAGAUCAGAGUGAGCCACAAAAGAGAAGUUACCGGAAAAAGUCUGUUGAAAUGAAACAUAAGAAGGUCCAGGUAGAAAAGAGAAUCCUGAAGUGUAGUGAAUGUGAGAAAGUCUUUAACCAGACCUCAUCCCUUACACUCCAUCAGAGAAUUCAUACCGGAGAGAAACCCUACGCAUGCGUCGAAUGUGGGAAAGCCUUCAGCCAAAGCGCAAACCUAGCGCAACAUAAGAGAAUACACACUGGGGAGAAGCCUUAUGAAUGUAAAGAGUGUAGGAAGGCCUUCAGCCAGAAUGCACAUCUUGCUCAGCAUCAGAGAGUUCAUACUGGAGAGAAACCUUACCAGUGUAAAGAAUGUAAAAAAGCCUUUAGCCAGAUUGCACACCUGACUCAGCAUCAAAGAAUUCAUACCGGAGAGCGACCUUUUGAAUGUAUUGAAUGUGGAAAAGCAUUCAGUAACGGUUCAUUCCUUGCCCAGCAUCAGAGAAUUCAUACGGGUGAGAAACCGUAUGUGUGCCAUGUGUGUGGGAAAGCUUUUAGUCACCGGGGAUACCUAAUUGUCCAUCAGAGAAUUCAUACUGGGGAGAGACCCUAUGAAUGUAAAGAAUGUAGGAAGUCUUUCAGCCAGUAUGCACACCUUUCUCAACAUCAGAGAGUGCAUACUGGAGAGAAACCUUAUGAAUGUAAAGUAUGUAGGAAAGCAUUCAGCCAGAUUGCUUACCUUGAUCAACAUCAGAGGGUCCAUACCGGAGAGAAACCCUAUGAAUGUGCCGAAUGUAGAAAAGCCUUCAGCAACAGUUCAUCGCUUGCACAGCAUCAGAGAAGUCACACAGGAGAGAAACCCUAUAUAUGUAAGGAAUGUAGGAAAACAUUUAGCCAAAAUGCAGGCCUUGCUCAACAUCAAAGAAUCCAUACUGGAGAGAAACCUUAUGAAUGUAAUAUUUGUGGGAAAGCCUUUAGUUAUAGUGGAUCUCUUACCCUACAUCAGAGAAUUCAUACCGGAGAAAGACCUUAUGAAUGUAAAGAUUGCAGGAAAUCGUUCAGGCAGCGUGCACACCUUGCUCAUCAUGAGAAAGUCCAUACUAUGGAGCCUUUCUUGUCCCUUUCCUCUCCGUCACCCUCCAUGUCGAGUCAGUUGCCAAGAACUCUAGGUUUAAUCUCUUAAAUAUGACCCAAAUCUGACCCAUUGGAACCAUUUAUAUUACAUCAUCCUUGUCUUCUUUGUGUUACUCUGUUGUGUGUGGAAGAGUGAAAUGGUUUUCUAGUGUAUUCACCCAUGCCUCUUGUCAGUUUCCACACUUCAGCCAAACUUUACAAAAACAAAUUUUGGUCAUAUUAUUUAUCCCUCAUUAAUUAAAAUUGCUUACCAAUAUCCAAAAGUUUGUAGGU